AUGCGCAAUUCAUUGCCGCAGUCGUCGACGGCCAACGACGACGACGAGCCCGAGGCCGUCGUCACCGCCGACCGUGCCGACUACCAUAUUGUCUGCUGCGGCCCCUUGUGGUUGGGGACCUACAUGACAUCCGGCGCUCGAGCUGCGCUCUGGGUCUGCUUUUUCGCGUGGACCGCCGGCGUCGUCUACCUGGCCGUGACCAUCGCGAUCGCCAACUGGGCGAUGUGCUUGAAAGUCAAGGUGGUCAUCAAGGUCGCUGCCGACGAAGAUGCGUUCGCUCAAGUGCCAUAA